AAACGAAAAGGAAAAAACGUGUCGCUGGUUUCAACGGCCCGGUUACACCACACCAACAUCGGUUACUGCUAACACAGGCGAGACGAUACGAGAGACAGAUUUUGGCUGUGUGUCCAAAACAACCACCAAACCCCGUCUCUCUCUCUCUCUCUCUGUAAACUUUCUCUAUGUAAAUCUGAAUAUCUACAUGGAAGUCUAAUCCACAACUUCAUGGACAAACCCAGUCUCUCAUCUGUGCGAGUCCUAAUUCGUGCCCCCAAUUCAACAUCACCACCACUCACUCUCUCUCCUCCCUCCACAACCCCCUUUCUCACUCCUCCAAUCCCUCCAUCAGAUCACCCCCUCCCACCGCUCCCUCCUCCCUCUUCAAACCCUCCUCCAUCCUCCCCUCUACCACCACCACCGUCGUCGUCCCCGUCCCCACAAGGCGGCGUCGUUGUUGUCGGCUUCAUAGGACGGCGGGACAGCGACGUCACUCAGCUAAUCAAUAGAAUCAUUGACUCCAAUUUGUUUGGUUCGGGCAAUUUCGACACCAAUUUCUGUUUUCAGAAAGAGGGUAUUGGUGAGGACGUGAAGGACUGGUUUAAACGUCGAAGAAUUAGUUACUACCAUGAGGAUGAAAAGGGGAUUCUGUACUUGCAAUUUUCUUCCACCGGGUGUCCAGCAAUGGAGGCGUUUUUAGAGUCCUCUUCAGGUUUUGAUUCAUUAUUGGAAGACCACGAAUUUGGGGAUCUUAAAGGAAUGCUAUUCAUGUUCUCCGUUUGCCAUGUAAUCAUAUUUAUUCAGGAGGGAUCAAGGUUUGAUACACAGAUAUUGAAGAAGUUUCGAAUUUUACAAGCUGCCAAACAUGCGAUGGUUCCAUUUGCAAGAUCUCGAGCUACGCCACCAUCAACAUCUAGGUCUCAUUCUUUGUCGUUGUCACGGACUUCUGUAUCAGGGAAAUCUUCUAGCAAUCCUUCUCCUGGAAGAAGUAGGGGCAUCUUGAGUCGCAAUGGCUCAGCAAUUUCACUCAUGUCGGGUUUAGGUUCUUACACCUCUUUGUUUCCUGGACAGUGUACUCCAGUUAUACUUUUUGUUUUUCUUGAUGAUUUCUCAGACGUUAAUUCUGGUUCUAAUAUAGAGGAGUCGUUGGAGACAUCCCCAUUGAAUCAGUCUUCAAGUUUGAACAAUUCAGCUAGGUCAAGCGUGCCGCUGAAAGGAUCUGGUCCAUUGGUUGUGCUAGCACGCCCUGUGAGUAGAUCUGAAGGUGGAUUCAGGAAAAAAUUGCAGUCAUCCCUUGAAGCACAAAUACGUUUCUCGAUUAAGAAAUGUCGGAUACUAACAGGUUCUGAUACAAGUCAUGCUGGGGCAAGAAGUGGGGGCAUCUCAAAUUCAGCACCUUUGUUUUCACUCGAUGCAUCAAAGGCUGUUGCAUUGUUAGAUAGAUCUUCAAAUCAGAGAGGCACAUCUCUUGAUUUUGCCACUGGGCUUGUGGAAGAUGUUCUAAAUGGAAAGGCAACCUCAGAUUCGCUUUUGCUUGAAAGCCAUAACCAGAGUGCAAACAAAGAAGACAUUGUAUCUUUAAAGGAGUUCAUUUACAGGCAGUCUGAUAUUUUAAGAGGAAGAGGGGGAUUGGUCACUAACGCCAACAGUGGCUCAGCUGCUGGUGUUGGUAUGGUAGCUGUUGCUGCAGCAGCUGCUGCUGCCUCAGCUGCAUCUGGAAAGACAUUUACUACUCCUGAACUUCCUACUUUAGAGAUCUGGUUAUCUUCUAGUCAACUUAUUCUACUUGGUGUUCUUUCUGCAAAACCCAGGUGUAUAGAUGAACCUGAAACCAGUAAAAGAAAACCACGUCAACGAAAUCCUGUUGCGCCGCCUGUUGAAGGGAUUGCUUCAAGAGGUGCAGAUCCUCUAGAAAUUGCUGUGUCUUGUUUGGAGAGUGGUGUGGGAUUGAACACUAAAUUCUCGACAUUAUGCUGCCAAAGGUCCCUUCCGGCUGCUAAGGAGAUUUAUUUAAAUGAGUUGCCUGAUUGUUAUCCGACUACACAGCAUGAAGCCCAUUUGGAGAAGGCUUUGCGUGCUUUCAACUCAAUGGUCAAGGGACCUGCAGUGCCACUUUUCAUGAAAAAAUUGGAGGAUGAAUGCACAUCCAUCUGGAGAUCUGGGCGGCAACUGUGUGAUGCAGUAAGUUUGACAGGAAAACCAUGUAUGCACCAGAGACAUGAUGUUGAAACUGGUAGUUUGCUUUCUGGGGAUCAAGUCAAGCCACAUGCUAGUGGAUUUGUUUUUCUUCAUGCUUGUGCUUGUGGCCGUUCACGGCAACUACGGUCUGACCCCUUUGAUUUUGAAACAGCUAAUAUUACCAACAACUGUUUUCCAGACUGUGAUAAGCCACUUCCUGCUCUCCAAUUACCAAAGCUAAGGGAUACAGCGCCUAUUCAGCCAUUGUCAUGGAGUUUGAUUCGAAUUGGGGGUGCAAGGUACUAUGAGCCUUCUAAAGGUUUACUUCAGAGUGGGUUCUGCGCCAGUCAGAAGUUCCUUUUGAAGUGGACAAUUUUUCCCGAGCAACAAAAACACCCUAAUUGUUCACCAGCAGGUUCUGUGCAACAAGAUUCUGUAAAUGGGUCAAAUACUGAUCCCAAGGUUGAAUCAACUGCCACUGCUGACAUAAAGAAAGUUGGUGCUUCUCCUUUAUAUAGAGAAGAAGUGCAGAGUGUGUUUGAAGUUGAAAGGAAGCUGCCCUCAGAAAAUAUCAAGUCUGAUGAUAAAAAGAUCAGUUUUGGCAGAGGUUUUCCCAAUUUUACGAUGAGAAAGCCUUUUUCCGAGGUUGUUGCUGGAUUAGCUGGUGCUGAUUCGGGUUUCCCUCCUCUUCAGUCAAGGAAACAACCUUCACUAGGUUCAGAAAAGGGUAUUAAGCAGAGUAAUGCAAGACAGAGGGGUGUGGAAGAGGUCCAUGAAGUUUCUGUUCAUCAAGGAUCUCAAAAACCUGAAGAUUUCUCUGCUGUUCAGCAAACUGUAGAUGGGAAUGGGAUUGAUGUCAAUGACAGUACAGGCAGUAAUCCAAUUUUACAAAUAGGUAGCAAUGUUAUUCCGGUGAACUUGAAUAGUGGUGAAAAGAUCAAACCAAACAAUUCUUUGAAGCAUGUAACAGUGUAUCUUGGGUUUGAGCAUGAGUGCUCCCAUGGCCAUCGGUUCAUAUUGAGUCCUGAGCAUCUCCGUGAACUUGGCUCUCCAUAUUCAGUUCCCGAAGAAUCUCAUACUUCCUCAUCUGUGGAAAACUCUGACAAUAAAGUGGCAGAUUCUUCAAAAUUGGGUAAGAAUGGUAGGCAUGGCAAAGCCCAUCGACACUCAAAUGGAAUGAUUUCUGCUUCUAUUAGUAAGGUGAAACAGUUGGAUAAGUCGAAAGAGAUAGCAGCUAAUGGUAAUCUGUGUUUAGAUGGGAUGAUACAUUCCUCCAGGCCAGGAAAAGAACAGAACCAGACAAGUUCUGGCAUGUCGUUACUUAGUGAUUCUUUAAAGGAUCUUGAAGCAAGCCUUCAAUCUGUUACUCUUGAUGAUGGCGGAGGUGCUUUCUCUUUAUUAAAUAGAAAUUUACCGAUAUACAUGAACUGCCCGUACUGCAGGAUCUCUAAGAAUAAGGACACACCAAAGAUAAAAUUUGCUGGCACUAUAUCACAGCUUCAGAGGAUCUUUCUGGUUACACCUUCUUUCCCAAUCAUUUUAGCAACAUGUCCAGUUAUACAAUUCGAGACAUCAUGUUUACCUCCAUCAAUUCCAGACCGUGAACAAAAAUUGCAAUUCAGUCUUGGAUGUGGAGUUAUUUUGCCGCCAGAGAGUUUCCUUUCAUUUAGACUCCCUUUUGUCUAUGGCGUGCAACUGGAGGAUGGUAGUGCAUAUCCUCUUAAACCUCUUGAGCAUCAACCAGAACUGACUGCCUGGAUUACCAAAGGCACAACAUUGCAGGUCAUGUCCAAGGGAAGCGGUCUUGAUGAGGGAAUUCUCAAAUAGUGAGUACUCAAGUAAUGAACCUUUGAAUUUGGAAGUUGGUGACUGUUACUUCCAUAAUGAGCUUGCAGGCGAUUAUUGCGAACAGUUCAUCCAGACGCAGGCUGUAGACUUGCAGCUGGAUUUCAAUGUUAGCCAAUUUUCUUGUGUGAGUUCAUGCAGUACAGCUUUGGUGAAAUCAUUUGUAAGUUAAAAAGAAAAAAGAUACGGAUUUUAUUGUGUUCACAUUUAAUGCUUUUGGGGAUUAAUGAGCUGUAAUUGGAGGAUAAGAAGAAUUAGAAUGUUCAGCCAUUUCCAGUUACUAAUAACACCAAUAAAUGGCUGGUGAUAAAGUUGGUGGAGAACUUCAUUUCUUUGUGGUUAUUGAACUCAGCAAAGGCACUACUGACUGUACUGAUAAUCCAAAAUCCAGAAAGUUUCCUGCAAAUUUCUGGAAGAUACGAUUUCGUAUCAUCUGGAUAAUGUUCCUUCUUAAAAAAUAAAAAAGGAAUGGCACAAAUGUUCAUUUGGUUUGGUAUUGAAGUUUUUCUCAAAUUUCCUUGCACAGAUAUUAGCUGAGAGUGGUAAGCACCAGAAAACGUUGAUAUCAUUAGCCUCUGGCCAAUUAGAUGCCUUGGACAAGCAAAUGGCAGCAUUCAGUCUUCAUUAGGACAGUAGUGCACUGUACAUUCUCUUAGGGAAGUCAAUAGAUCAUUCUAAAGGUGCAUUCUUGGGCGAAAUAAAAUUGUGAUUUUGGAGCAGGAAAAGUUAUUUGAUUAUAUUUCUGAGUUGCACAAUAGGAAACCAAGUUACUCAGUUCUCUUACCACAAAUGCCCACAAUCCCCUAGGCCAUCUGGCUUGGUCAUGUUCCUUUGGACUUUUGGUAGGGUGGCUCCUCUGUUGUGGUAAACAAACAACUUUAUGAUCCAAGGAAAGAAUGCACAGCAGUAAUAUAUGUGUUAAAACGAAAACCCUAGUCCUGUGGAUAUUAUAGUUUGUUUAAGAAAUUACUAGAGGAAAGUGAUGAGGGGAACGGUUAAUUUGGUGGUGGAAACGGGCAAUGGAUGAGAUGAAGUGCACCCAAGGAUGAGAUGAAGACUGAUUUUGUUUUCCUCCCUCAAUCUGCCCUUGCCUUCUUCCUUGACAAGUCAUUGGGGCUCCUUUGUUCGUGUUCCACGAGUGAAUUGCCAGGUGUCUCCUAGGAGGGCAGUCUACCACAAGAUCUAGUUGGAGCCUGGAGCCAAAGCAAUUGGAGCAGGAAGGGUGGAAGAACUGCUGGAAGUAAUCCGUGAUAUGAAGUACUUCUCCUGCUAUAGGUUAAAACGGGAGUCUAAGAUGCAAUAUCUAUUUGAUCCUGGUAUAUGGAACGAGGUCUGGUUGUUACUGCAUGCAUGCGGUUCAGGUCAAGUAAAGGAGUGCAUUGAAAACUUAUUUUUCCUGUUGGAUGGAGGCUCUCGUGGCAGAUGCUUGGACUGUUCCUUGAACUGAACCACAUAUUCCUACAAAUUGCAAGGAACGUGAACUCUGGUUGCAUAGCUGCCAUGAUCAUAAAUGUAUAUAGAAAGAAGAAGUUAACGAUGAUGGUUCCUGGUCUAGUUUGCUGGACCAUGUUUUAUAAAUUUUCUUGACAUUUUUUUGUUUUGUUCUUUUUGUUUAUUUCUGAGUGAUGAAUCCUCCUUUGUACUCUUAUCGUUUUUCGUUUCGCCCCCUUCUCCUUUGAGAGUGUUGUACCCUGAUUCAGGUCAAUUUACAACAGUAGACCACUUGGGCAAAGUUUGCAUUACAUGAUGUUCUUAUGAUUUGUGGCUAA